AUGACUACUCCAUUUCCCCAGCCCCAUACCGCCAUUACACUUGCAAACCAAACCAAAUCUCUGCCAAACCCUAUUUCGCUGUCUCCCUCUUGCUGCGCAGCCCGAAGCGGAGCCUUCAGCCUUGUGACCUGCUGCUGCCGAGUCAUCGACGCCGAGCCUCCUCCCUGCACCACUGCCAGUCACUGCUGUAUGACUUUGCAUCUCGGCAAUCUUUCAUCUCGCAUUCGUAAAUAUCAACUGGAAGUUAUACAUGGUCAAAUAGGCAGCCUCGAGUGUUGCAGCUAUAUGAUAGAGGUGGUAGGUUAUACAAGCCACUACGUGGAAGGUACCCUGUCAAAGAAAAUGACAACUGAAGGGUUGGGUCAUAUUGUAAAUUCGAACACGAUGGAUUUCAAGAAAGUAGAUGGUGAAGGCAUGGAGAAAGAUGGUGCUGUUUUUGAUGAUUUUCAUGAAGCAGGAGAUGGUGGGAAGAACCACUUGGACGAUGACAGUGAUGAUGAGAAGGAGCCGAAGGAACUUCAAGAUGCAUCCCAUCUGUGUUGGUCACCCACUAGAAAUCGUCCCAGCAAUCCAGAAUCCCGAAAGACUUGCUACUUGUGUGGGAAGGAGGGUCAUGAAAUGUGGAAGUGCCCCUCACAGCUGAAGAGACCCACAAGGUCUCAACUGCUGUGCCAAAGUAGUGAUGCUUCUCCGGAGCCAUCCACUUCAGGAAAUAAUAUGAGAUUGCUUAGACGUGGAGAUUCUCCCCAGCACGACUUACUUCCAGCCGCAGGGAACAAGAGUACAGGGAGAGGAAAAGGAGCCAUCCACUUCAGGAAAUAA